UUCAGGUAUGCAACACACCUGACAUAGAUCUGCAUUUUUCAGUGACAGCAAGUUUUUGAAGAUUUAGACCUGAUACAAAGUAACCAUCUAAAUUCCGAAGAAAAGAAAAUACAGUAAACUCAAAUACAAUCAUAAUUAACAGGUAUCACAAAUAACCGUCAUGUAGCCACCAACUGCUGUUUCUGAUGUCAAGACCUCAUAGUUCUAGCCAUGUUUGAGAAACUGAUUACAGUAUUCUUACCGCUUUUUUGCUCAUUUUUAGUUGUUACGGGUAUAUUCCAGACAUACAAUGUCGAUCAGAAUAAUGGACCUCUCGGGAAAAUUACAAUCGAUAAAAGAUCAGGAUAUUUGUAUGUAGGCGGAAACAAUAUUCUUCUUCAGCUUUACAGUAAUUUAUCUGUGAUUAGUGAAGUAGCAGUUGGACCAAUUUUGGACAAUUCAAUGUGUUACCCACUGCCUGCUCCAUGUAGCUAUCAAAGGGAGUUAACUGAUAAUAAAAUACAUGUUCUGGCUAUCAAUGAACCAAAGGAAUACAUUUUAGCUUGUGGGACUGCAAACCAUGGCUUAUGUUCGGCAUACUCAUUAAGUGACAUUGGGGCAAUGAACAAAACAUUGAACCCGAUGAAAGCAACAAAUAAUAUUGUCGGAAGUGUCAGUGGUAGUUCUUACUCAAAUUCUUAUGCCUUUUUUGGGUCAACUCAUAGUAAGUUGGAAAGUUCCGACAAUCGUUUACUCUAUGUUGCCAUGGGGACAGCCAAUCAGUCCUUACAGUUUACACCAGCAAUAAUUUCAAGUCGAGAGGUAAAAUAUUCCUCGAACCCAUGGAAUAUGGAUUAUUUUCUAAAUUCUACUACAUCCUCUUCAUUUAUGAAUGUUGACCCAUCACUACAGUAUAAAUUUCGUUCCUACUAUAUCUAUGGAUUUGAAAAUAGUGGCUACACAUAUUUCAUCUCAGUUCAGAUGAAUGAUCCAACAGCCUUUGAAGUUGAGAACAAUAAAUUUGUAACAAAAAUAAUAAAAAUUUGCCAAGAUGACACAAAAUAUUCUUCCUACACAGAACUCCCAAUUGAGUGUAACCAUGGAGACAAAACUUAUCACAUAGCAACCAGUGCAAUACUUUCUGAUUAUGGAUAUUUGCCAUUCGAAAAGUAUUUAUACAUAACUUUUGGAAAACAGGAUGAACUUAAUCCUUCUCCUGAUAAAAGUCAAGGGUCAGUUUUGUGUACUUUUGACUUUAACAAAAUUACAGAGCUAUUUGAACAGUUACAAAAAGACUGUUUUACCAGUGGACUUGGGAAUGAGGUUGCUUGGUUUGUUGGAAAAAGUCUGACAGAGGCAAGAUCAUGUGCAAGAGAUACUGGACAAGAUCUGAGUAACUUUUGUGGAGGAAAAAAGAAUUUGAAUGGUAUUCAGGAAAGUACCAAUUUAGAUGUCAGAGGCAGACAAACCUUGAAAUAUUCAGCCAUUUACCAUGAGGCAAAGUCUAUCCUGUCUACUGUAAAUGUAAUACAACAGAAUGUACAGAAUAUAGCAGUACUAGGUACUGAUGAAGGUUAUCUCAUGAAGGUUUUAGUGAAGAAAGCAGCAGCAAGCCUUCCAUCUCCAUACAUGACAUAUGAUAUAACAAAGGACAGAAAAGUUAAGAUUGAGCCUGGAUCACAGACUGAUUCGUCAGGGACCAGUGUUUAUUUAUUGUCAAAUACUCAGGUGACAAAGUUUCCGCUAGAUGCAUGUGAAGUACAUACAACCUGUGAGCAGUGUGUUGGUGUUGAUCCUCUAGGUUGUGGCUGGUGUGGAAACAAGUGUACCUCACAACAAAGUUGUAGCUCUGAAUGGUCAGGACAAAGUUGUCCUCCAAUAAUAAAUAAAAUUUCCCCCAUUUCUGGACCUACUAAUGGUGGAACACUGCUGACAUUGGAAGGACAAAAUUUUGGUACGAUGUUUGCUGAAGUAAGGGAAAUAACUAUUGGAAAAGAUAUCUGCCAGGUUACAACAACAACAAUAACAUCAACAAAAAUUACAUGUACUACUCAGAAGAUGGCUGUUGAAGGUGAAGGACAAGUCAAGGUUAUAGUUAAUGAUAGCAACAACAGACCCUAUCAGAUAAAUGGAGAAUACACAUCACCUGAUUUGAUAUUCUCUUAUAUGUCUCCAGAAGUCCUUGAUUUCACACCAAAGUAUGGGCCUUUAUCUGGAGGGACCAAGUUAGUGAUAUCUGGAAAGAAUCUGAAUGUCGGAGCAAAACAUUCUGUUCAGGUGGCGGGACAAAAAUGUGUCAUUGAACCAAGUGGAGGAUCACAGGGUACCAGUUUGACAUGUCUGACACCUAAGUUAGUGUACAGCAAACGUAGGAGGAAGAGGGAGACCAACAGUCCAAGUCCAGUGUAUGAUGUGUCAAUAAGAUUGGACAUAGAUGGAUUUACAUACCAGUUUAAUAAAAGUUACCGAUUCAUGGAAGACUCAACUGUCACAUCAAUUGGACCACAUAAAUCUAUACAGGGUGGAGGAACAACUGUGACAGUAACUGGAACUAAUCUUCACAUUAUAUCAGAACCAAUGAUCAUAGCUACACUAGUAGUUAAUAAUAACAACAAGCAAACUGUUCCAGUGGCUUGUUACAACUCUUCUCGAGAUGGGACAACUUUGUUAUGUCCUGCACCAAGUAUAAAAGAUGUCCUGGAGACCAAUUUGCCCUGUUGUGGCUACAAAUCAGUCUAUUUAAGUUUCAUAAUGGAUGGCAUUCAGUCAGUCAAACAACUACCUCUGUCCAUGUCAUACAUGCAAUAUUUCCUUAAUCCUGUGUUUCUUCCAUUCACUGAAGAUGAACAUAUCAGAUACUUUUUGAUUACAGAGGAGAGGCUGGAAAUUAAGGGUGAACACUUGCAUUAUGGUGUGACAACAAAAGAUGUGACUGUUACCAUUGGUAACAGUGUAUGUGAAGUGACUGUUAUGAGGGCAACUGUAUUGUACUGUACACCCAAAGAUAAACCAUCAUCAGUUGGUGAUAAUGAACCCAGGAGAACAGUAGAGGUAAAAGUUGGGUACAUGACUUAUGACAUAGGAGAAUUAAUUUACAAGCAGGAAAUAUCCUCAGCCAUGUCACCAGGAAUCAUCGCCAUGGCUGUAAUUUUAGCGUUAGUCGUUCUCUGCAUUAUAGUUCUUGUAUAUAUAUUGAAACGCAAUGAAAUUGGACCUUUUAAACAGUCUCCAGAUAAACAUGGGGCUCAAUAUGCUGCAGGACGAGAAGUGGCAUUUACUGGACUGGACUCUGCAGGACAAAGAGUGUUUGAUAUGGAAAAUGCCCAAAAUGCUUAUGCUGAACAGAGAAUGUCAGGAGAAUUACCAAAUGGAGCUGAGGGUAGAAAUCCCAUUUUGUUGGAUGAUGACACACUGUUGGUAUUAAAGGAUAAAAAUCUUCUCAUAGAGAGAGAAUGGUUGACACUUGGUGAAAUCAUUGGAAAAGGACAUUUUGGUUGUGUAUAUCGAGGCUACUUAGAAGUACCUAAUGUCAAAGGAUCACAGCUAGUAGCAGUGAAAACACUUCAUCAAGAUGACCCAAGACAGUUAGAUGUAGAUAGCUUUAUUGAGGAGGCUUUAAGAAUGAAAGAUUUCCACAAUCCCAAUGUGUUGACUUUAACAGGGAUAUGUUUUGGCAUGGAUGACAUGCCUCUGGUUAUUUUACCAUUUAUGACGCAUGGAGAUUUGUUAUCAUACAUCAGAAAGGAAGAAAAUAAUCCAACUAUUAAAGAUCUGAUCCUGUUUGGAAUAGAUAUAGCUAGAGGUAUGGAGUACCUAUCAGGGUGUAAGUUUGUACACAGAGAUCUGGCUGCUAGAAAUUGUAUGCUGGAUGAAAAUUUUCGUGCUGUGGUAGGAGAUUUUGGUUUGUCUCGUGAUAUCUAUGCUAAGGAUUAUUAUGCUAGUGAGAACAAGAAAACUAAAUUGCCAGUAAAAUGGAUGGCUCCAGAAUGUUUGGAGAAAGGACAUUAUAGUUCUCAGUCUGAUGUGUGGUCCUUUGGUGUUGUACUGUGGGAGUUAAUGACAAGGGGAGUUAACCCAUACCCAGAGGUAGAUAACUGGGAUGUUCUACGAUACAUAAAGAAGGGUAGACGAAUGCCACAACCACCGUUUUGUCCUGAUAUCUUAUAUAAAAUGAUGUCAAAGUGUUGGUCAUUUAACCCAAAUGAUCGUCCCAAAUUUUCAGAACUUGUCCAUGAAAUAAAUGAAAUGAUUAAUGUAUUGGAACAACAAAUGAAGCAGGGACAGCAUACAACAGACAUUCAAAGUACAUAUGUAAACACUGAAACUUGUACAGACUAUCAUUACCAUGACAACAAACAUCCAGAUGAAGAAACAGAAGCUAUGGCGUGAAGUGAAGAAUUUCUUUUAAUUUGAUUGGUGCAAAUUUUGAAUUAUGUCUACAGCAAAAUAUUUCCCCUCUGCACAGUACAUGUUGAUCUCAAAAUUACGUUUAGAAAUAUGGUAUCUUAUAGUUUUGUACUUUGAAUCUUCAAAAUGUGUUCAAUAUUUUUUUUGGUUGUAUUUAUAGGAUUGUUAGCUGACAAUAGUAUAUAUAUAUGAAGAAGGAAAAUAGCAAAUUAUAUGUAAGAUGUCAAAUAUAUUGAGAAUACAAAUUAUGAAACACACUACAUUGAGAAUACAAAUUAUGAAACAAACUACAUUGUCUUACUGUGAAUACAGUGCCUACUUCAAAAAGGAUUUAUUUUUUCAGGCCUUUAGAAUAAUUGUUUUAGUUGUUUGGCAUGGAAAAAAUAGAAAAAAUCAGCUGCUGUCAGUGUGUAUUAUAAUAUUGAUGUAGGAGAUAAACAUGUUAAUCUAAAUUCAUUUAAGUACUGAAAUUCAGAAAUUAAUUUGGCAUUUAAUAUUGCAAAUUCUUGACCUCUGGCAAAUUGCAAAAUCUAGUUAUUGUGAUUGCAAAAAUUUUAUUAAUGAAAAUCACAACUGAAAUUAUGAAUGCAAGUUUUUAUUAUUACAACUUGAUACUGUUGCAUUUUUUUGCAUUAAUAAAAACAUCUCAAUAAUUACUGAAUUCACAGUAGUUGGAUUUCCAUUCAGUUUUAACUUUUGUUAGAGGAAGAUAUUUCAGUCUAAAAUUAUGGUCAGUUUGAGUUUUAUGACAAUCUUAAACGGAAUUAAGUUGUUUAAAAAAUAUCCAUCCAAAACCCCUCCAACUUAAAAAAUCAACAGCAAAAAAAAUACAAACUGAAAAACCCACACAAACAUUAUUUAAACAUCUACACAUCCCUGUAGAUUUGAAAGUAUUAGCUAUGAUGAGAAACAGAUAAUUUAUUUAACUUGCUCUUUAGUAAUGUUAUCAAAUUAUUGUAAAAUUUUUAAGAACUGCCUAUGAAGGUUGUUUCAAUUUAGAACAUAUACAUAUGCAAUAUUUUAUAAAAGGUCAACUAUUUUUCCUGUUUUUUCCCCUAUUGCCUUUGUUGGAUUUUUUAGUAUACAGAAAAUUUACUCUACAUAAAGAGAUUUUUUAUAGAUAUAUUUGAGCGUCAAUUGACCUAUUCAUUGAAUUUACAGCAUAUAUAAAGCUUAAUUAGCAAAAUAGAUAGCAUUUUUUUUCAAUUGGACUGCUGGUUUUAGUAAGCUAUAGGAAAUAGUCAGUUUUCAUUCAGGAAAUUUCGUUAUUUAUUUUUUUAAUGUAUGAAGGAUUAACAAGUAAAACAAUUUUUUAUUUUUGUAAUUUUUGAAAUUUCUUGAAUUUUAACCUCGAAUUUUGUAUGCAGAGAUGAAAUUGGGUUUCCCUUAAAAAACUAUCAUAAAAAUAAUUUUUUCAAAAAUAGCUGUAGUCUUCCAUAUGUAAUACUUAUUUUCAUGAUGUUUUUGUAGAAUAAAGCUAGAUAAGGUGUCGCGAAAACCUGUGAUUGAAACAACAGAGGGACGAAAGGGACAAUGUCCAUUCCAAAAUCCUUCAAGCAAUAAAUUCCUGAAAGAGAGUUAAAAAAAAAAAUCCUUUUCAAAAUUCCCUGAAAUCUGCCUCAUCGUAACGUAUUUAUUUUACAACUUAUUUCUUUUUGAAUUAUUACAAAAAAAAAAAGUUCUUGUUCCUCACAUUUCUUGCCCCUCCUCCACACACAUAUGUUGCACUACACAUUUCAAUGAAAAGAACCAGGAAACUAUAUAACUUUUGUUUUUAAUACACAAUUAAAAUGCAGGUCAAAUUGUUAAUCCUUCAGAGUCAAAAUAUUGCAUGUACGGUUUUAACUUGUAAU